CCCAAGAUGGCAUGACGCCAAUGCAUGCUGCAGCUCACAUGGGCCACCAUGCAUUGGUGGUAUGGCUGGUGUCCUCAACAGAUGUCAGCCUGUCUUGUCAAGAUAAUGAAGGGGUGACUGCUUUACACUUUGCUGCCAGUGGGGGGCAUCAUCGGAUCUUGGAGAGGUUGUUACAGAUGGGAUCAAAGGUCAAGAGGGAUUACUGGGGUGGCACUCCUCUACAUGAUGCUGCAGAGAAUGGGGAGAUAGAGUGCUGUCAAAUCCUCCUGGGUCACCAGAUCAACCCAAAGGAAAGGGACAUAGAUGGGUUCACGGCUGCUGAUCUGGCUGAAUACAACGGCCACUUUGAGUGUGCCAGAUACCUUCGCUCUUUGGAGAGAAAUCUCUUUCCAGUUGCCCAACCUCUGGAAGAGAACUGUCCUAUAGAGGAAGAGCUCAGAGAGAAACCAGCUGUGUCACGGCAACCCAGCUCUGAUUAUUACAGACAGAUCACUAAUACAGACAAAGACAUGGACAGUCUUAAGCAUCCUGAGACAGAAGAUUCCCCUCAAGCCCGUUACCCCCCUUCAACUCUUUCACCUUCUCCUCCCCCUUCCUCCACUACCCCCUCGCCUCCGUUUUCUACCUCACAUGGGAAAACUUUACUGAAUGUCCACAUGGCCACUUCAGUGGUGAAGAACCUUGAUUCCAGUACGCCUCCGAGUAAGCCAGUACCAGAGAAAGGGAAACUGUUUAUGGGAGAAAUGAAACUGGGAGAUGUAAAAUCUAUUGCCAGCAUUAAGAAAUCUGGAUUGGCAGCAGAUUUGACCAUUUCAAAUAAAAUGGUGGUGUUACCAACAGAGGAGGCUAAUUUGUCUGAUAUUGAUUACCUGGUACCCAUGCACGAUGAGAAGGGCAGACCUAUAGCAGAAUGGAAGAGACAAGUAAUGGUACGACAGCUACAGGCCAGCUUAUUUGACCAAGAAACCCAGAGGAUAAAGGAGAGUGGUAGUAGAUAUACAAAGAUGGACAGUUGGAGGUACUCCCAUGCUCACAAUGCCAUCCUGGGUCCAUUCGGAGAGCUUCUAACAGAGGAUGACCUCAUUUAUCUAGAGAAGCAAAUUGAGAGUGUCUCAAUGCAAAAGAACUGUGAGGGCUAUGAAAUGGAGCUUGCUCGUCUGGCUGAAGAACUUCGAAACAUUCUCCCGGCACCCAUUGUCAACAUCACAGUCAAUACCCAGUACAAGAACUCUACACAGACUCCCUUACCCGUUUGGUGCAACCGUAUUUCAGGCAUUGUGAAGAGUAUGUCACUGCUUAUGACCAACCUAACAGACCAGCCCUACUGCAAAAUGCCAAAUUCAGAGCUUGUGAAUGUCUUCUCUCAGCCGUCAGAGAGGCAAGCUGUCAACAGAGGCAGGAGGGAGAAGAUAGAAAAUGAGAUUCAACAGUUUGGGGUCUCUGUGAGGAACUUAAAAUCCAACUUUGAGAAUCAGAACGAUUCCUCACAAAUGGAUUCAGGGAUGACAGAAUCACUGGGUGAACUAGAGCAAGAACCAGUAAAAAAUGGUUCAGAUGAGGUCUCCCAAAAACAAGAACAAAGACCAGAGGUUGACCAUAUUGAUGAUUCAUCUAUCGACUAUGUCAUCAGUGAUGACAUGGAAAGCACAACACUGCGCAAGGAACGUAUUGUGGUCUUGUUCCUGGGUCACUGGAAGAAGUCGGCUUAUACUGUAACCGUGAGAAAUGCACAGAGGAAGCAAAGCGUUGAUUCGCUGGAUAUAUCUAAGAAGCUGAAGUGUGAACGCAAAGCUAGCUUGGAUAUCUCUCCGAAGAACACCAUGGAAAAUGGCAAAUUCGGGCAUUUCUUCAAGCAGAGAAGUGCCAUCAAUAAGAUGAUUGGUAACUGGAGAAGCAUGAUCUCAUUUGUACCUUCGCGACAGAUCCGGAGACUCAACCGGCAGCAGGCAAUUUUUUCACCUGAGCAGUUCCUGCCCCGUGUGGAUGGAUCUCCCGUUGACUAUGACGCACUGACACUCGACCUCUUCAUGCUCGGCUACUUUCACAUACUUGAGCUAGAAUUGCCAGCAGAUGAGAGGAAAAUGAGACACUUGCUGUGCUUUGAAGUGUUCGACCAUGUGGGGCGUUUCACCUGGGAGACUGUGCGUGAUUUCCACAAGGCUGUAAUUCAGGACAUUGAGGCAGGAAACCGGGAAUGGAAGGAUGGAUUUGAGGACAUUAAAGUGAAGUUCUUCGGAGAUGGAUCAGGCCAACCAGAACUUGAACACUCAGAACAGACCACAAUGGUAGAAACGAGGCCUGUGCCUAAAGUCAUUGUACAAACGCCCACCCCAGAUGAGAGCGAUGUCCUGAAAAAUAAUUCUGAUAUUAGUAGUCUGACUAAUGAGGAGAUUUGCAAAUAUAUUGACCGUAGUUUUGCUUUCUGGAAAGAAAAGGAGGCUGAGAUAUUUGAUUUUGAGGAAUGACAAUAAGUCUUUUUGGGGGGAAAUGUACAUAGAGAUUCCUUAUUAUCUUUAAAUAUAUUUAUUUUUUUGAAUUUGAUGUAGAACUGGUACCAAUAUUUAUACAGUUGUGACAUGUAAGGCAUGCUUUUGCCAUUUAUUCUCCAAAUUUCCAGGAGUGCAAGGUAGAAGACUGCCAUAAACUGAAGUGUUUGUCUUUUUGUCAGAAUUAUCAAUAUGUGAUUUAAAACAAAUUAAAUGCCCUUUUCUGUUGAAUUUUUGUUACUCCUUGAGAAUCAACACGUUUAGAGACUUAAUUUGCACCAAUAUUGGAGGCUGCUUACGCUAAUGAUUAAAUAAAUAACAAUCUGACUGCUUACUCUUAUACAGAAAGUUGUGUGUAUCUCUUUAAGAGCAGGUGGGAGCUUAACCGUACUAUUUAGAUGCUGAGUAUA